AUGCCUCUCUUCACUGAACAGGCCUCAAAUUGGCGCGACCUGAGGGUCCACCCAUCGUUUGCACCUCCACUCCCUCGCCUGACCCCUGAAUUUGUGCCCCCAGAAGAUGAGAUAGAACGAUACGAGGUGGUUAUUGUUGGGGCUGGACCAGCAGGCCUCAUGCUUCACCUGCUGUUAGCCAGAUAUGGCUUGUCAGACAAGUCCGUAUUAUGCAUUGACUCGAAACCUGGCACGCUAAAAUCUGGCCAGGCAGAUGGUAUACAGCCUCGCACCCUGGAGGUUCUAAAGACAUUGGGUAUAUCCGAUGAAAUUGAGAAUGAGGCAUGUCAGAUGUGGGAGUUCGCAUUCUGGAACAUCUCUGACGACCCGGUGAAAUUGAUCGAAAGACGCUCUAUCGUACCGGAAGUCAUCCCACCUGCGAGGUUCCCUUAUGAGGCUACCAUCCACCAAGGACGCGUAGAGCGGAUCAUGGAGACAGACCUCCUCCGAUACUCACCGCGCGGAGUCAUGAGGGACACCAAACUCCUAUCACUGCGGAUCGACGAGCAUACAGAUGCAGAAUUCCCCGUGAUUGCUGAAAUUGAAGUCAAUGGAGCCCCGCGAGUCAUUCGUACAAAACACUUGGUCGGGGCAGACGGUGCGCAUUCGGCUGUCCGGAAAUCGGUUGGCCUUUCGCUGGAAGGCCAAUCGUUGGAUUAUAUUUGGGGAGUUGUAGACCUGGUCAUUGACACCAACUUUCCCGAUAUCCGCAGACGCUGCGCUGUCCAUUCAUCUGCGGGGUCUGCUAUGGUCAUUCCUCGUGAACGGAUUAAUACGGGUGAGUAUAUUACCCGACUCUAUGUGCAGGUUCCAGGGGCUGUAGAGUCUGGGAGUACCGACACCGAUGCGGAUCUGAAGAAAGAGGCGAAGGGGAAACGGAGCCAGGUCACUUUGGAAGGCAUCCUGAAGCAGAUUGAGGAUGUGUUUAAGCCGUACUACAUUCGGCCCAAGAGGGAUGAUGCGAUCGACUGGUGGGCUGCAUACCAGAUUGGGCAGCGAGUGUGUCCGGAGUUCAUCGUGAAGGAUUCUAGCGGGCUUGGUCGCGUAUUUCUUGUCGGCGAUGCAUGCCAUACACAUAGCCCAAAGGCCGGCCAAGGCAUGAACGUGUCCAUGAUGGAUUCAUACAAUCUGGCCUGGAAGCUCGCUUAUCAGAUCAAUGGCCUAACCCCUAGUUCGUCAGACAAAAGGAAAUCAGAUGCGCUGCUCGACACAUACCACACAGAACGCCAUGCGAACGCUCAAAGAUUGAUUGAUUUUGAUAAGAAGUUCUCAAGCAGCUUCUCGGAUAAGGUGGGCACGAUCGAAUCCAAGUCUGGAAUCUCCCAUUCCGAGUUUGUCGACCUAUUCAGCACCGGGUGCGGUUUCACUAGCGGCUGUGGCAUAGAGUACGUCGAUAAUCUAGCAGUUGACAAGUCUUCUAUCGCCAGGAGCAGCCCGAUUGUUGGUGAUGACUUCAUGUCGGGCGUUCUAUGCUCUGGGCGUCGCCUACUAAAUAUCAAGCUCAAACGUUUUGCGGACGGGUGGCAUCGUGAUAUUCAUGACGACCUUCCCUCGACCGGUCGGUUCCGUCUAUUGUCACUCCUGACCAACGAUCUCCUCGAUACCAACGGCGUCUCUGCAGCCGCAGUCAACAAUACGGCAACCCUUGUCAGGCAGUUUCCUGAAUCCUUAAUCGAACAGAUCAUCAUCUAUCCACGUCUUCCAGGCGAAGUCACCUGGGAAGGCAUCCCCAAGUGCGUAAAGGAGCAGAACGAGAUGACGUUCUACAAUGGCUACGAACUGGACGAUGCAUACCGCACCUAUGGUGUUGAUCCAGCGCGCGGCGCACUGGUUGUCGUACGGCCGGAUGGGUAUGUAGGUAUGAUUGGAGAGCUUGACGAUAUUUUCCGCAUCUAUGCGUAUUUGGGCCGCAUUAUGUCUCUUGCUACAUAG